UUUAUUUUUAAUAGAAUUAAUUCAUAUCAAUAAUGUAAACGGAUCACUAACCCUUUCCCCUGAUCAAUUUCUAUGCGUUCCUGCAUCAAUCAUCGCUCCGCGCCUUUCUUCACAUUUCCCGCCAUAAUACUCCACAAAAUACCUGUGUUCUUGGUAAAAUCUACCCACAAUAUGGCUUCCUCUAAAGCCAUAACUGAUUUCUUCCCACCUGCAAAGCGCUCCAAAGCAGCUUCAUCCUUCGAACCUUCCUUAAAAAGAAACUUCCUCGACGUUCCCCAAAAACCCACCACCGACGCCGUUCCAUCUUCCCUACCGGAGUCGAUUCAGGAUGAUGAACCCACCACAGUUCAGACUUCACCUUCUUCGACUCUCACUGCGGAACAGAAAUUGAAGGUUCAAUUCAAUCAAUCACUGGCCAAAGCCAAACGUAAUCUCAGAAUUUGUGCGGAGAGGGUUUCGAACUCCACUUCUGGUGAGGGGUUGAGAUUUUUGAAACUACAAGAACUGUUGGUGGAAGAAACAUGGUUGGAAGCCCUCCCUGGGGAGUUUCAGAAGCCCUAUGCCAAGAAAUUGAGUGAAUUCAUAGAGAGUGAAAUACAAGGCCCCAUACCAAUCUACCCACCUCAGCAUUUGAUCUUCAACGCACUGAAUUCUACCCCAUUUGACAAAAUCAAAGCUGUCAUCAUCGGUCAGGACCCAUAUCAUGGACCUGGUCAAGCUAUGGGCCUCUCUUUCUCUGUUCCACAAGGAAUAAAAGUACCUUCAAGUUUGGUGAACAUAUACAAGGAACUUCAUCAGGACUUGAAUUGUUCAAUACCAUCUCAUGGGAAUUUGGAACGAUGGGCUAUACAGGGUGUCCUGUUGCUCAAUGCCGUUCUUACUGUUAGGCAGCAUCAGGCAAAUUCUCAUGCAAAGAAAGGGUGGGAACAAUUCACUGAUUCCGUGAUUGAGACAAUCUCUAAAAAGAACAAAGGGAUUGUUUUCCUUCUUUGGGGAAACUAUGCCCAAGCAAAAUCGAGGUUAAUUGAUGAAACGAAGCAUCAUAUUCUCAAGGCAGCACAUCCUUCUGGCUUAUCUGCCCAUAGGGGAUUCUUCGGAUGCAGGCAUUUUUCUCGUGUCAACCGGAUCUUGGAGGAAGCAACCACUCCUCCGAUCAAUUGGCAACUCUAACCCCAACCGCUAUGAUGUUUACAAAUUGACUCGACUCGUCGACUUUUGCAUCUUACCACACACUUGCGAGUCUUGUGACGAUUUCGGUAUCAUCGAUCAAUUUGUUCCUUUUUUUGUCAUGUUAGAUUAUUUAUUUACACAUCAUCUCUUAAUACUGGUGAAGCUUUAAUGGA